AUGGCACCGAUCCACGCGCUGGACGACGAGCUGGUGGCGCAGCUGCUGUCGUUUGCGGCGCCGCGCGAUGUCGAGGCCUUCACGUGCGCCUCCAAGUUCACGGCGCGCACUGUGCUGCCGCGCUUCCCCGUGUGGAAGGCGCUCUUCUGCCACCGCUGGGAGACGCUCAACUUCCGCUUGCCCGGCGCACGUGACGGCUCCGUGCCGCUCGUGCUCUCGGAGCAGCUGCGCAAGCUCUUCCCGAGCUCCGUGAGCGAGAGCCGCAUGUACCAGUUGCUGGCGCACGCAGUCACACCGCUGCCGGCCUACGCAGAUAUCCAGCAGACACGCCACUACCGAGGCAGCCUCGCGCUCGAGCAAAAUGUCGCGUCCCUUCAUGCGCAACCGGUCAAGGCGAAUGAGGUGGUGCACUUCGGCUUCGACGGCGACAUCCUGGGCGACGACCGCUGCGUGCGCUCCAACGUACCGUUCCCCACGACGUUCCACGUGGCCGUGUUCAAGCGGAGGAACCUGCAGACGAAUGCGCUCGAGUACCAUGUGGGCGUCGUCUCCAGCGGCUACUUCGAGAUCUCCAUCACCAAGCGCGUCAAGCCCUCGGCGCGACGAGUGCACGGCGAGGACGUGACGUCGAUCGGCCUCGUGACGUCGCGCUUCCCGCUUGUGGAUCGCCAGCCUGGCUGGGACUUCCGCUCUUACGGAUACCAUGGCGACGACGGUCAGAUGUUCCACUCCAACCGGGGUCGCCAGUUCGGCCCUGCCUUCGGAGCCAACGACACCAUCGGCUGCGGCGUGCGGCGGAACGUGCGCGACGGACGCUCCUUCGUCAUGUUCACCAACAACGGGGAGCGGAUCGACAAAGAGAACAGUACGAUGGAGUGCGUGCACGAGCAGUGGUUCCCUGCUGUGGGUCUGGACUCGUCGGACGCCAUCCACGUGAACUUUGGGCAGGAGCCGUUUGCCCACGACGGCAUCGUCGACGAGAUGCUGCAGGAGUGCGUCGGAAACGCUGACAUUGUGCAGCGGCAGCUGCAGUGGUUCGCGAUCCACGACUCGGACGGCGAGGACGUGUCGAGCGGCUCGGAGAGCAUGUCGACCAGCUUGAGUCUCAUGGACGAGAGCGACGGCUACGACGAGUACGGGCUGGUGGAGGACUACGACGGCUCCGAGUGGCGGCGGCAUCCUGCGUCUGAGGCGAACUCGGACACGGAGAUGUGGUGGUCCGAGGGCGAGUGGAGCGACGAGCCGACUUUCGACUGA